AUGGCGGAGGCCCAGCGUGUGUGAGGGCGGGCCCGGAUGCGCCCAGGCCAAUGCGGACCGCGAGAGGAGCGGGGGCGGGGAAGACGGCGGCCGAACGCCCAACCCGAGGCUCGGGAGGUGGCUGGGGGGUGAAUUUUCUGGAAGGCGACUUUAAAGGCGCCGGACGGAGCGAAGGGCGUUUCAGUGCCUUCGCCACCGCGCGGGCCGGGAGGGGUGCGUUGGUGGCAGGAAGCGAGCCUGUCGCGGGACCCGCUGGUGACCCCGGAGGAUGAACCACAAGAGCAAGAAGCGGAUCCGCGAGGCCAAGCGGAGUGCGCGGCCGGAGCUGAAGGAUUCUCUGGACUGGACCCGGCACAACUACUACGAGAGCUUCUCGCUGAGCCCGGCGGCCGUGGCGGAUAAUGUGGAAAGAGCAGAUGCUUUACAGUUGUCCGUGGAAGAAUUCGUGGAGCGAUAUGAAAGACCUUACAAGCCCGUGGUGCUGCUGAAUGCCCAAGAGGGCUGGUCUGCGCAGGAGAAAUGGACUCUGGAGCGCCUAAAAAGGAAAUACCGGAACCAGAAGUUCAAGUGCGGGGAGGAUAACGACGGCUACUCGGUGAAGAUGAAGAUGAAGUACUACAUCGAGUACAUGGAGAGCACUAGAGAUGACAGCCCCCUUUACAUCUUUGAUAGCAGUUAUGGUGAACACCCAAAAAGAAGGAAACUUCUGGAAGACUACAAGGUGCCCAAGUUUUUCACUGAUGACCUUUUCCAGUAUGCAGGGGAGAAGCGAAGGCCCCCUUACAGGUGGUUUGUGAUGGGGCCUCCACGCUCUGGAACCGGGAUUCACAUCGAUCCUCUGGGAACCAGUGCCUGGAAUGCGUUAGUUCAAGGCCACAAGCGCUGGUGCUUGUUCCCUACAAACACUCCCAGGGAGCUCAUCAAGGUGACCCGAGAAGAAGGAGGGAACCAGCAAGACGAAGCUAUUACCUGGUUUAAUAUUAUUCAUCCCCGGACACAGCUUCCAACCUGGCCACCUGAAUUCAAACCCUUGGAAAUCUUACAAAAGCCAGGAGAGACUGUCUUUGUACCAGGAGGAUGGUGGCACGUUGUUCUCAACCUUGACACCACCAUUGCCAUCACCCAGAAUUUUGCCAGCAGCACCAACUUCCCUGUUGUGUGGCACAAGACGAUACAGCACGGGCAGCGGCAGUGCAAGCCACCCCCAGCCACCCCGUGCCACUGUGUCCCAACUCUGACCUGGAGGGACCAGCUCUCGGGGAUCUUGAAGCAAGAGCACCCUGAGUUGGCAGUCCUGGCAGACUCAGUUGACCUGCAGGAGUCCACAGGGAUCGCCUCUGACAGUUCUAGUGACUCCUCCAGCUCCUCCAGCUCCAGUUCCUCUGACUCAGACUCUGAGUGUGAGUCUGGGUCCGAAGGGGACGGGACGAUGCACCGCAGGAAGAAGAGGAGGACUUGUAGCAUGAUGGGGAACGGGGACACCACAUCCCAGGAUGACUGUGUGAGCAAAGAGCGCAGCUCCUCCAGGAUUAGGGACACUUGUGGAGGCCGGGCUCACCCCUGAGCAAAUGCAGACUCCCUGAGGGGCUUCAGCGUGAGCUGUUGGCGGCCACCCAGCUCACUUCUCACGUCUUCUGCUCCCACCUCCUUGUCUUCCUUGAGUCUGGAUCUUCCCUCUCUGGUCCGAGCUCCUGUGGAUGGUCAAGUGCUGUUUUUGCUGCGUACUUUAGGUUAUCAGGAAGUUUAGAACGGCCGGCUCAGUGAAAUGCUGAAGCUAACGUGAUGUUGGGUAAGGAGGUUCUUUGCUGACCCAUUUAAAACCAAGCCAGUAGACCACAAGGCUGGAGGGGCUGUGACGUUUUUUCUGUCUUACUGUAUCUGUCACCUCCCCGAUGCAGAUAAGGAACGUCCGCUGCCCGCAGCAGAGCCAUGGAGGGUAGUGAGUGGUGUUGGUGUGUGAGAAGUCGGCUGUGCACUGCCCUCCCGUGGUCACCACUAGCCGAGAUGCCCUCAGUGGCAGUGAGCCAGCCUGCAUGCCUGCACCACCACCCACGGCCUGGGGCAGUCUUAGCUUGCUUUGUCUUGUCACCACAGAGAAAUUUCAGGGCGGAUUUUGUGGAGUGUCUUUUUGGGGUUGUGGUGGAGGGUGACACCUUGGGGUUGUUUACUUACAGAGUGGGGAAGGGGCUGGGUGUGUUCUCACCCCACAGUGGCACUUGGCGAUUGGCGUCCUGGUGGGCCAGCCUGUAGACGAGUGGUGGCCCCUGCCGCGCAACAGGUGAGGCCUCUCGUCUAUGGCCUGUUGACCCUUCUGAAUAGCUCUGGUAGGAUGUUGGGACUGACUGGCAGGUUAUUUCUCUUGCCCUCUUGAUCACCUGCUUGCCUUAACCUGUCCCUGAGUUCAGUUAAACUUCAAUAAAAAAUAAGAGAGGGCUUGUCACGGCCACAACCGGUCAGAAACACCUUCGGGCUUGGGAUGCAAGUAAAGGUGUUAGAGCCUGGAGGGAGGGGGAUGUGAUAGGGUCCUGAGGUGCCACCUCUCACACCUCUCAGCGUGCUCCUGAAGAACACAUAGUCCGGGGACCCCAGGUCUCUGCCAGACGUUAAGUUGCAAACAGUUCGUUGUUAUUUCCUGAUACCAGGGCACACGGCUUUUUCUCUAGAAGCCGGUCCUCUGUCAUGUUGUAGUUCAGUUUUCUGUACCCUAAAAUCCCCACUCCAGACGAGGCAGGCCUGCAGAGCCUCAGCUGCCCUCAGAGCCAGCACGCCUCACUCCUGCUGGGUCCUUGCUCCUCCUCGCCUACCAGAGGCUCAGCUCGGGGGCCCAGCCUGAGUUUGCUGUGAGUGCAGUCAGAGCCUAAAUAAGUAGUCUCUUUGUAGUAAUAUUUGGAUGGUGUUCCACCCUCUGCUUUCUAAAAAGACUUUCUUGUCAUCAUCAAAAAGCAUUUUUCCUCUCCCUGGUAUUACCACUAGGCACACUUGCCCUUUUUUCUUACCUUUCUCAGUUUCUGACCAGCUGCUUUUCUCUAAAACUUGUUUUAAAAACAGCCCCAAAAUAGUCUCUUUGCCACUAGGGGGCAUGGUGGGACAUAGCAGCCAAUGGCCUGGCUGCUGGAGCAGAAAUUUGAGGCUAAGAGAUUAGCUACCCAGUCUUCCUUCUCCAGAUGCUAGCGGUGAUUCUUGUUGGGUACACGGUACCCGCAGUACCCAGAAGCGAGGGCUCUGGCCCAUCUGGUGUGUCCCACAGUCACUUCUGGCAGCCCCACUGUGGGGCCUGGGUGACUUAUAAACCCUGCCAAAGAGUCAGCAGCCCCGCCACUGUCACCGUGCAUCAGCUGAGCGCUCCAUCCUGGAAGCACAGCAGGGAUAAGUGGGGUGUGGCUAGGCAGUCAGGAGAGGCUGCGGGUGGGACCAGGGCCUCCGCCUUCUUCCCUUCUUCCCUUCUUCCCUCCCUGCUGGGAGCUGAGCCCCUACUGGGAGCCGUGUCACCAAUAACAAGGGCAGGUUUGACAUUAAGCUGCUUUCGGGGAUUAUUCUCCAAGACCACAGGUAAUCUUAAAGCCAUGGAGUCUUGGUGGGGAGGAGCAGGGUGGGAAAGAGAUGAGUGGGAGGCCCAGGACCCUUGACCCAAAGAAUCCAGUGCUGCACAUCAGUGCUCCUGGGGUGACACCUUUGAGGGGAGAGCCACUGAAAACAGGUACUAUCUCCAUGCCCUUCCUGAAGCUGUUCCUAAUGAUGCAGACAUUCGCCACACGCUGAGUCCUAGCGCUGCUCUAGGUGCCAGAGCUAGGGCAGCAGCAUGCUCAGGGCCCCAUCCCAUGAGCUUAACACACGAUAUGUGUGCCAGUGGUCACGGGCCAGCGGUCAGUGUAGACCCGCGCCUGGUGUUUCUGUGACCGGAAGAGCAAGGGCAGGCUUUACCGAGAACGGGUCUGCUAGGUCUUACUGAAGAACAUAAGUAACGUUACGGCUGUAUGCUUACACUGGGACGUGACUUCUUUGUAAAGUAGCUAAAGUAUUUCAACUGAAGAGCAGCAGGAACAUUAGUUGGUGUAAGGGCUCUACAAAAUUCUAGGUUCAGCCUUGGGUCUGGGAGUUCAGACACGAGUGUAAGGAGGAAUGGCCGUUUCGCGGGAGGUGUGGAAGUGCUGUCUAGGAGGUAGAUGUUGAGCACGCAGCUGUGGGUUCUUUAGGGGUGUAUAGCUUUCCGCAGAGGAGUCGCCGUUGGUGUGUAUGCUGUACUGCCGAUGGCUUCUGGAGGGAGUCGCCGUCCUCCAUCCGCACUGCCCCUCACUGGCUUCUGUUACGAUGUGACAUUAAUGUCCCACUGUGUGCAGUAAAACUAGAUGACUGUGCCCCAGGUGGUGGCUCUCCUCUGUCUUGUUGUUCAAAGACUUGAAUCGUCUAGCCCCACCGACUCCUGGGAGGACGACUAGCCCUGGCCUGCCUCUCCAAGGCGACCGGCCAGGACAGAAGAACUGGGACUCUCUUCCG